CAUUAUUUUCAUUUUUGACACAGUCAGCGUGUGUCAACAGGUUUAAUUUAAUUUUAAUGUUUGUAUUCAUUCCUACUUUGAAGUAAAGGGAAGUAAAUUGAAGUAAAGUGAAGUAAUUUGCUACUGAGCUGAAAUUUGGUACGAUGGAAGCGACGAAUGACGACGCAGGGUUGACCCUCGAGUUUGAAAACUUGCAUUUGGGAGAAGAACCGAAGAUUGAGUCAAAUUUUAAAGGUUUCAAACUCUUUUUGCCUGCAGUAUCGGUGGGGAAUGUUGGUCAGCUGGCGAUGGAUCUUUUGUUAUCAAACCUUCCAGAGAAAUCUCCCCCUGUUAAGAUUGGACGGAUGUUCCACCCCUCGCUGGAACCAGUGGUUGGGUUGGAUAUUCAUACUCAGAAUGGAUUAAUGACCUCAUGUGAAGUUUUUCUCGUGAAGGAGCUCCAGUAUGUGAUAAUACAUUUCCAUUCUCCAGUGACAAUGAAAGGACGCACAGAAUUUGUCAACAGUCUCGUGGAGUGGAUCGGAAAGCAAAAAUUCUCUCAAGUGGUUUGUUUCACAAGUAUUUUCGCGGAGGACAGGAUUGAUCCACAACUUGUAGGAAUUCCAUUCAGAUAUUUAGCAACUGACGGUACUCCGGAAUUACUUACUCAAAUGCUACAAGACUUGGAAUGGAAACAAUUAGAAAAGCGUCAGUUUCCAGCCCCUGCAGUCAUGGACAACACGGAAAAGAAUGACAACGAAGGUGUCUUGCACCUUCCUGGAAGUGGAAUUACAAAAUUGCUCUAUGAAGAAUGUCAACUUCAAAAGAUUCCCUUUCUUGCGCUGAUCAUGUUUGCCUCCGAGGGCGACAACACUCCAGAAGCUAUGACUAUGUUUCAAAUGGCUGAUCGCAUCUUUGGAUUUCGAAAGUCUACAAGUACAAAUCAGGACAUCAGCCCAGGAGGAAGGGACAGGAUGAUUGUUCCAAUUUCCUGGACCCAUUUGGGAGAACACAACCACUCUUCUUCUUUAUAUUAAGUAGUAUCUCAAAACAUCCGGUUUUAAUUUGUUAAAGUGGUAUUUUACAAUCAUUAUAAAGCAAACAGAUUAAAAAUUAUAUAUUAUCCUGUGUUGCAACAGGAACUACAAACA